AUGGCAGCCUAUGCACAGGAUGCAAUCAUGCUCCUCGGAGACUCGAUCACACAGGGCGGGUACGAGUUCAAUGGAAUCGCAGCCCGGCUAGCACAUGUGUACAACCGCAAGAUGGAUGUCAUCAAUCGCGGAUACAGUGGAUACAACACAGACUGGAUCAUCCCAGUAUUCGAGCAGAUCUUUGCGACACAGCAUGAGCAGCAGCACGUUCCCAAGGUCCACCUGCUCGUUAUCUGGUUUGGUGCAAACGACGCCGCAGUCCCGCCCAAGGCGCAGCAUGUCCCGCUCGAGCGGUACAAGGCGAACCUGUCGAAGCUCAUCUGGAUGGUCUCCUCCCCCGAGUCCCCUCGGUACUCCCCAGACACCCGUGUGAUCUUGUUGACGCCGCCACCAGUGAACACAAUCCAAUGGUCUGUGCGGCAGGCAUCCAAGGACCCUCCUCAGCAGCUGGAUCGGAACUUCGAGGUAACGCGGACGUAUGCUGAAGCUGCGAAGGAGGUGGGGAGGAAGGAGGGCGUUGCAGUCGUUGAUGUUUGGACAAAGUUUUGGGAGGGCGCGGGGAAGGUGGAGGCGGAUCUGAAGAAGUACUUGACAGAUGGAUUGCAUCUCAAUGAGGAAGGCUAUGCAGUUGUGUUCGAGGAAAUUACGAGAACCAUUGCGGAGAGAUAUCCGGAGUAUCACCAUGACAAUCUACGCUUUGUGUUUGCUCUGUGA